AGUUCAGUCAUGCAGAAGAAUUAUACCCGGAAGUACGGUGAUGCAGUAACGCAGACAGUCGGCUUAUUUACCUUUCUUCAAAACAGUCUAGCUAGCUAGUUACUGUUAACAUGGCAACAUAUAGGAUUUCUGCAUGUAUUGCCUUCGUUAAGAUGGCUGGUUAGGUUUCAAAUCGUUUCACGACCAGUAAAUUGUUCAACUGACGUGAGUGACCUCGAGCUGAUGUGAACGCAAAAGAACAACAAUCAACAACAUGUCGGCAGAAUUCACUAUUCCCGGUUCUGACCGACCCAUAAUGGACGAGGAUGAUGUUAACAACCAGCCCAGCCCGUCCCCAUCCCACAGCCCCCCUGCAUCAGGAGAACCGGAUCAAGAGGACCAAACAGAACCAUCCAAAACCUUUUCUCACUGUUGUCUGGACUGUGGGAAAGAGUUUUCCCGCCCAUGUGACCUGGUGAGACACCAGAGAGUACACACAGGGGAGAAGCCCUACCCCUGUCCUGACUGUGGCAAGAGGUUUGCCCACUCAGGAGGCCUCCGAGAACACGAGAGGAUACACUCCGGAGAGAAGCCUCACUCCUGCUCUGUGUGUGGGAAGAGCUUCACCCAGAAGGGAAGUCUUAGAGUCCACCUACGGACACACACGGGGGAGAGACCUUAUUCUUGCGCCGUCUGUGGCAAGAGUUACACCCAAAAUGAAUUUUUGAAAGUGCACCAGCGAACACACACGGGAGAGAGGCCCUACUCCUGCUCUGUGUGUGCCAAGGGCUUUGCUCAGAUAGGAAACCUGAAGAAACACCAGCGGAUUCACACCGGGGAGAAGCCUUACCAGUGCCUGGAGUGUGGCGCCAGUUUCACCCAGAAGGACAGCCUGAAGAUGCAUCAGAGGUCUCACACGGGAGAGAAACCCUGCGUCUGCCCCGAGUGCGGGAAGGGUUUCCGCGACAACGGGCACCUGAAAGUCCACUUGAGAGUGCAUACAGGGGAGAAGCCGUACUCCUGCCCCGACUGUGGGAGACGGUUCAGCCAGGCAGACGUCCUGAAGAGACACCAGAUGGUGCACACAGGGGAGAAGCCGUACUUCUGCGCCCUGUGUGGGAGGAGGUUCGCCCAGCCUGCCACUCUGAAGUACCACCUCCGGACCCACGCAAGAGAGAACCAGACAGGAGGGCCUCAAUGCUGCCCAGUGUGCGGACAGGACCUCCCUACAGAGCAGGCUCUGAGAAAACACCUACAGGCACACAUGGGGGAGGACCUCGGUCACAACGGGGGACAAGAAGACGGGGAGGAGGAAUUUGGUGGUCUGAUCAAUUCUGAUGGAGAGGACGUUGGCUGGGACCCUUCUCAUCUUAGAGAGAGUCCUGUCCGUGGCUCCGGUAGUGAAGAAAGUCCUGCUACAUCAGACAUCAACAAGAAUCCUGGUGACCAAUCCGGAUCCGGAUCGUCACCUGACGACAGAGAGGCCUUCAGUCAGACACUGGGUCCUGACGACAGAGAGGCCUUCAGUCAGACACUGGAUCCUGACGACAGAGAGGCCUUCAGUCAGACACUGGGUCCUGACGACAGAGAGGCCUUCAGUCAGACACUGGGUCCUGACGACAGAGAGGCCUUCAGUCAGACACUGGGUCCUGACGACAGAGAGGCCUUCAGUCAGACACUGGGGAUGAACAUUAAAGUAGUGGAGGAGGAGGAGCUGGAGGGCUUGAGUCAAACUGUUGGGGUGAUGGUUAAAGAAGAAGAGGAAGAGGUGGAGCUGGAGGACUUGAGUCAAACUGUUGGGAUGACGGUUAAAGAAGAAGAGGAUGAGGAAGUCAGCAGAUUCAUUCAGUCCCCAGUAGAAGUGGACUGGGAGGCUGUUGAACUUAGAGAGAGUCCUAACUACUGCUCAGACCGUGAGGAGAGACCUCCCCAGCAGGAGAAUCACACAGCUAAACACCAUCAUCACCACACAGAGAACACAAGCCUCACUCCUGCUCCGACUCUAUUUGAAGGACCUGAUCAAAGCCAUUGAUUAGGAAAUAAUUAGGUUCAUGAUAUCAUUUAGUUACUGUACCCUAUUACAGAUAUGUAUGUUUAAUUAAUUGUCUUUGAUUGAAUAAAUCAUGGUUGCAACAA